CCACGGCCGGGCUCUCGGCUGCGAGGUCCCAGGCCGGAGCCAGCCGGUGCCCCGGCGCAGAGACGCGCGGCCGAGCGCCCCGGCUCCGGGCGCACCCCGGCCGGGGAGGCCGGGACGGGCGGACGAUGUCUGCUCGCGCCCCGGUGUCCGCCGCUCGCUCUCGGGAGGACCUGGCGACGGCGGCGGCGGCGGAGAGAGAGUCACUGACGGCCGCGGCGAACCGGCCGCCCAAGCAGCCGCCCCCGCCGGAGCGGGAGGGCAAGGAGGCGGCGAGGGCCGCCACGAGCGCGGGGGCGCGGGGAGAGCCGUCGCCGGUGCCGGUGCUGGGCCACAGCGUGCCCCAGGCGGCUGUGCCCGUGCGGCCGCUGGCGCUGCACCUGGCGCACAAGGCGCGCGGGCCCGGGGGCCCCUUCGGCGGGGAGCCGCUGACCGAGGACGCCCGGGAGCCGCCGGCCGCGGCCGGCCCCGAGGAGAAGCCGCCGCCGCCGCCCAAGGAGAACCCCUGGACCAAAAAGCCUCCCCAGCACGCGUCCCCCGCCGCGACCGGGCUGCCGCCGCCGGCGCUGGAGACCCUGCAGGCAGAGCUCAGUUCCCCCAAAAUUAUAAAAGCAGGAAAACUCAAGACAAGGAAACCCAAUAAGGCCAGUGAUUUCAGCGAUAUGGCAAACUGGCCAACACCAGGAGAGUUAGUGAGCACUGGAAAAACCUUUUUGCAGUCUCAGAGUGUCAUCAGCCAAGGAAAUAAGAAGCCACAAAUUAGAAAAGAAAAAGAAGAGAAGGUUGAAAAGAGGAGUAACAGUGAGAGCAAAGAAAACCGGGAAACAAAAUUAGACGGUCCUGUUGAAAAUGUGAGUGAGGACGAGGCCCAGUCAAGCAGUCAGCGGAAGAGAGCUAAUAAACACAAGUGGGUACCACUGCACUUGGACGAUGUAAGACCAGAGAGUCAAGAGAGACCUGGAUCCCGGAACAGCUCUCGGUGUCAACCUGAAGCAAAUAAGUCAUCCCAUAAUAACAGGAGAAAUGACACACGAAGUUGGAGGCGAGACAGAGAAAAAAGAGAUGAUCAGGACGAAGUGUCCAGCGUGAGGAGUGAGGGGGGUAAUAUCCGAGGUUCCUUCAGAGGUCGAGGAAGAGGACGUGGACGGGGAAGAGGACGAGGCAGAGGAAACCCUCGAGUAAACUUUGAUUAUUCGUAUGGUUACCGAGAACAUGGUGAAAGGACGGAUCAGCCAUUUCAAACAGAAAUUAACACCAGUAUGAUGUAUUACUAUGAUGACGGUACGGGUGUACAGGUGUAUCCUGUGGAAGAAGCAUUGCUUAAAGAGUAUAUUAAGCGUCAAAUUGAAUAUUACUUCAGUAUAGAAAACUUGGAACGUGACUUCUUUCUUCGGAGAAAGAUGGAUGAGCAAGGUUUCCUGCCUAUUUCCCUGAUUGCUGGAUUUCACCGCGUUCAGGCUCUCACCACAAACCUUAAUCUCAUUUUAGAGGCCCUGAAGGACAGCACAGAAGUAGAAGUUGUGGAUGAGAAAAUGAGGAAAAAGAUAGAACCAGAAAAAUGGCCAAUCCCGGGCCCCCCUCCCAGAAGCGUGCCACAGACUGACUUCUCUCGGCUGAUCGACUGUCCCGAGUUUGUGCCAGGCCAAGCCUUUUGCUCACAUACAGUCAGGGUGAUGAUCUACUGAUGCCCUGGAUGUCAUCUGAUGGGGAUGUGCAGUGGAGCAGGUGGCUCACUGAAAUGCAUUGUAAAUACUGGAACAAACCGUGCUGCAGAGAUGGAAGCCACCAGACUGCCUUCCGUGUGAGAGUGUCCACUGCCGACCCCCCGGGCAGCACGACAGUGGAGAUGACCACCUCUGCCACGACGGAGACAGAGCCGGGGACCGCUGCUGGCAUUCCAGGAGCUGCCUGCCCUUUUCUGUGUGACUGGACUCAGACGGCGUGGCUACUUUUAUUUGUGGGGGAAGCUAAUUGUUAUCACUAUGGAAAUACUGCAAGGUUCUGUCUCUUGUUUCCAGGCAUAUGUACUUGUGUCCAGGUCAAUAAAGCAGAGAAAGAGAGGACUGCGUAGCCUUUCCCAGCUUGCCAGGCCCUUGGCUCUUGGUCUGCCCUUUGCCAUGGUGAACAUUGCAUAACUCACGUGUUGAGAUGUUUCACAUGGACUGUAAGAUUUAUUAAUGUGGACAUUUAAGGGGUAAGAAAUUGAAGAAAUAAACAAGGGUAUUUUUUCCAUUAUUCUUCAAAAUGUAUUUUUGAUACAUCAGUAUAAGUCCUGCCCAUCAGAAAAGCAUUAAUGAUGGACAGUUUCACAGAGAUUUUUAUCUCAUAUUUCUUUGUCAGCCCUGUGCUUCUAAUCGCAGCAAGCAACUUGGGGGCAAGUGUUUUAAAAAGUUGAAGAAAUGUGACAUUGUUUGUUUGUUUGUUUUUUUAAAGAUAUAAUGGCUGAUUGUAAAAGUUAGAUUUAUUUAUUGUGUAAACUUGGGUCCAAGAUGACAUUUUUAACCAGCUUAUGAACAAUCAUUGGUAAGUUGGAUAAUAUAGAAAAUACUUUUUCCAUAGGGAUAGUUAAUUUAGGUCAGUCAAGUUGGUGAUGCCUGUCCAUUAACCAUUUAUGUAUUAUUAAUAAAAUUACAAGAAUAAAAUCAUAAAAAAAAAAAAAAAG